AUGCAACGAAGUCUGCUACAUACAGCGUCUCAGCUGGCACACGGGACAUGCUUGUUUUUGCCUCACACUAGUAUCUUUCACUGCUUAAAAGGACAAUCAUUGUUGUCUGAUACUGGAUGUAAAGUGAUUUUGGCACUGGACCCUCCUAAACGAUGUCUUCACACAGGUGCAGCAUGCUUUGCCUCAAAGAAAAGUGCUGCUUCAUCAGAACCAGCAGACGCUCCUCACAAAGUAGCAGAAGAGAGAAACGCUUUGACUUUGGCCACUGGAACACCCAAGCAGAACCCUGUAGAGUCGGAUUCUUCAGAUCCUGAUCCAUUACAAGAUAAAUCAAUUAGUCUUGUCCAGAGAUUCAAGAAGACUUUUAAACAGUAUGGAAAAGUCAUGAUUCCAGUGCAUCUUCUUACUUCCACUGUAUGGUUUGGAUCCUUUUACUAUGCAGCCAUGAAAGGAGUGAAUGUUGUUCCAUUCCUAGAGUUGAUUGGCUUACCAGACAGCAUAACAAACAUCCUGAAAAAUUCCCAGAGUGGAAAUGCUCUCACUGCAUAUGCAUUGUAUAAAAUUGCAACUCCUGCUAGAUACACUGUGACUUUGGGAGGAACAUCCAUCACUGUUAAGUAUCUACGUAAGAGGGGCUACAUGUCCACACCACCACCAGUAAAAGAAUAUCUACAAGAUAGGAUGGAGGAAACAAAGGAUAAAAUUACAGAGAAGAUGGAGGAAACAAAGGAUAAAAUUACAGAGAAGAUGGAGGAAACAAAGGAUAAAAUUACAGAGAAGAUACAAGAAACCAAAGAUAAAGUUUCAUUUAAAAAGAUAAAGGACUAGGAGAAAUGCUUGAUUUUUGGAUAUAUCAAACAACUUAGCACUUUAACCCUUUGUGAGGCAGGAUAUACAAAGUGCACUUCUGAGC